AACACCCUUCCUCCAUUUUCCAGCUCCACUGUGCUGUGUUUUCUAUCAUAGUUUCACAGCACACGCUCGCUCACACUUUCUAAUUAUUUCCUUCCUAACAGAAAAUUUCCAAUUUUCAAUUUUCAAUUUUCUAUUUUCUUCCUUAGAAUUGGAGAAAAAAAAGAGAGAUAAAUUAUUUGUUAAAGAAUCGAAGAAGAAAGGGUUUGGUUGACUGAGUCAACCCACGCGCCGCCACCUUUACAACGCAACCACUGCGGUGGCGUUUGUUACGAUGUCGUUUUACGAAGAGAUGAAGUAGUUGCCGGCGGGAUCUGAUUCAGUUGAGAAAGCUUUUGCGAUUUCGCUGCUGACUAGGAUCGGAGAUGAUGGUAUCGAGGGGGCUUUUCGGGUGGUCUCCACCUCAUGUGCAACCUUUAACGCCGGUGUCUGAGGUUUCUGAGCCGCCGGAGUCGCCGUCUCCGUAUAUGGACAUCGGAGGAGAGACCUCCGCGUCGCAGCAAAUGGAGGCCGAGGAGGAGAUGGAAGAAAUGGAGGAUAUUGAGCCUCCGCCUGCUGCCGUUCCUUUCUCUGGCCUCUUUGCUUGUGCUGAUAAGUUCGACUGGUUUCUCAUGGUGGUUGGCUCCAUCGCCGCGGCGGCUCACGGCACUGCGCUUGUUGUUUACUUGCAUUACUUUGCUAAAGUUAUUCAGGUUCCUCAGCAGGAGGAUCAGUUUCAUAGGUUCAAGGAGCUUGCUUUGACCAUUGUUUAUAUUGCUGGUGGUGUUUUUGUUGCUGGUUGGAUUGAGGUUUCAUGCUGGAUUCUUACCGGAGAACGACAGACAGCAGUCAUCAGAUCAAAAUAUGUUAGAGUAUUACUAAACCAAGAUAUGAGUUUCUUUGAUACUUAUGGGAAUAAUGGAGACAUUGUGAGUCAAGUAUUGAGUGAUGUCCUGCUCAUUCAGUCUGCUCUCAGUGAAAAAGUCGGGAAUUAUAUUCAUAAUAUGGCUACAUUCUUCAGUGGUCUUGUUAUUGCUUUUAUCAAUUGUUGGCAGAUUGCAUUGAUAACAUUAGCUACAGGUCCAUUUAUUGUUGCUGCAGGAGGAAUAUCAAAUAUAUUCCUUCACAGGCUUGCAGAGAACAUCCAAGAUGCAUAUGCAGAAGCAGCCAGCAUUGCUGAACAGGCAGUCUCCUAUAUCCGGACCUUGUCUGCAUUUACAAAUGAAACAUUGGCUAAAUAUUCAUAUGCAACGUCACUGCAAGCAACUCUUAGAUAUGGUAUAUUAAUAAGUCUUGUCCAAGGGCUUGGACUUGGAUUUACAUAUGGGCUUGCAAUCUGUUCUUGUGCAUUACAACUCUGGGUUGGUAGGUUCUUGGUUAUGCAUGGAAAAGCUCAUGGUGGGGAAAUUAUAACAGCUCUGUUUGCUGUGAUUCUAAGUGGCUUGGGAUUAAAUCAAGCGGCGACAAAUUUCUACUCAUUUGAUCAAGGGCGAAUAGCUGCCUAUAGACUAUACGAGAUGAUAAGCCGGUCAUCCUCAUCUUUUGAUCAUGAUGGAAGUGCUCCUGUGGCUGUGCAAGGAAAUAUAGAGUUUCGGAAUGUUUACUUCAGUUAUCUUUCACGCCCUGAAAUCCCUAUCUUAAGUGGGUUUUAUCUCACUGUUCCUGCUAAGAAAACUGUGGCACUUGUUGGCAGAAAUGGAUCUGGUAAAAGUAGUAUUAUUCCACUCAUGGAGCGGUUCUAUGAUCCAACAUUAGGAGAAGUUCUUUUAGAUGGUGAAAACAUCAAGAAUUUGAAACUGGAAUGGUUGAGGAGUCAAAUAGGACUGGUCACUCAGGAACCUGCUUUGCUCAGUUUGAGUAUAAGAGACAACAUUGCAUAUGGGAGGGAUACCACCGCCGAUCAAAUUGAAGAGGCUGCUAAAAUAGCUCACGCACAUACUUUUAUCAGUUCAUUAGAUAAAGGUUAUGAUACACAGAUUGGCAGGGCUGGUUUAACUUUGACAGAAGAACAGAAAAUAAAGCUUUCCAUUGCAAGAGCUGUGCUCCUAAAUCCAUCCAUUCUCUUGCUUGAUGAGGUUACUGGUGGACUUGAUUUUGAGGCUGAGAGGUCUGUUCAGGAGGCUCUGGAUCUCCUUAUGCUGGGGCGCUCAACAAUAAUAAUUGCUCGAAGGCUUAGUCUCAUAAAGAACGCUGAUUAUAUAGCAGUUAUGGAGGAAGGUCAACUUGUUGAAAUGGGUACUCACGAUGAAUUAUUGACCCUGGGUGGCUUAUAUGCAGAGCUUCUUCGAUGUGAAGAGGCCACAAAACUUCCAAAGAGAAUGCCUGCUCGCAACUACAAGAAGACUGCAGCUUUCCAAAUUGAGAAAGAUUCUUCAGAGAGUCAUAGCUGCAAAGAACCAUCAUCUCCCAGAAUGAUGAAGUCACCCUCUCUUCAAAGAAUUUCUACUGUAUUUCGGCCUCCAGAUGGCUUCUUUAACUUACAAGAAUCACCACAUGUGCAGAGCCCACCACCUGAGAAGAUGAUGGAAAAUGGUCAGUCUCUGGAUUCAACAGAGAAAGAGCCAUCAAUUAAAAGGCAGGAUAGCUUUGAAAUGAGACUUCCCGAGUUACCCAAGAUUGAUGUUCACUCAGUGCAUCGACAAACAUCAAAUGGUUCUGACCCUGAAUCCCCUAUUUCACCUCUUUUAACAUCUGAUCCUAAAAAUGAACGCUCCCAUUCACAAACAUUUAGCAGACCAGAUAGUUAUUCUGAUGAAUUUUCAGUGAAAAUGAACGAAACAAAGGAUUCACGGCAUCGACAUCAACCCUCAUUUUGGAGACUGGCAGAACUUAGUUUUGCUGAGUGGCUUUAUGCUGUGUUAGGAAGCAUAGGCGCUGCAAUCUUUGGCGCAUUCAAUCCCCUUCUUGCUUAUGUUAUUGGCCUAGUGGUGACAACCUACUAUAGAAUUGAUGGAACUCAUCACUUACGGGGCGAGAUUGACAAGUGGUGCCUGAUCAUUGCCUGCAUGGGUAUUGUGACAGUUGUUGCCAACUUUUUACAGCAUUUCUACUUUGGUAUAAUGGGGGAGAAAAUGACCGAAAGAGUCAGGAGAAUGAUGUUCUCAGCCAUGCUACGUAAUGAAAUUGGAUGGUACGAUGAAGAGGAAAACAGUGCCGACAAUUUAUCCAUGCGUUUGGCCAAUGAUGCUACUUUUGUGAGAGCUGCUUUCAGUAACCGGCUUUCCAUAUUUAUACAGGACAUUGCCGCAGUUAUUGUUGCUUUUCUAAUUGGUGUUUCGCUGCACUGGAGAAUAGCUCUCGUGGCUUUGGCAACACUUCCGAUUCUCUGUGUUUCUGCUAUUGCCCAGAAAUUAUGGCUUGCUGGUUUUUCAAGGGGCAUACAGGAAAUGCACCGAAAAGCAUCUUUGGUUCUUGAAGAUGCAGUUAGAAAUAUUUACACUGUUGUUGCAUUUUGUGCUGGUAAUAAGGUAAUGGAGCUCUACAGGCUGCAGUUAAAUAAAAUAUUUAAGCAGAGCUUUCUCCAUGGAUUGGCUAUUGGUUUUGCAUUUGGCUUUUCACAGUUUCUACUUUUUGCUUGUAACGCGCUUCUACUUUGGUACACUGCAAUAUGUAUAAAAAAGAGUUAUGUGGAUGCACCUACUGCCCUCAAGGAGUACAUUGUUUUCUCAUUUGCUACAUUUGCACUCGUGGAGCCUUUUGGACUGGCUCCUUACAUACUCAAGCGACGUAAAUCUCUCAUUUCAGUGUUUGAAAUUAUAGACCGGGUACCUAAAAUCGACCCUGAUGAAAGCUCAGCUUUGAAGCCACCCAAUGUAUAUGGAAGCAUUGAGUUGAAAAAUGUUGAUUUUUGUUAUCCUACACGGCCAGAAGUACUGGUAUUAAGCAAUUUCAGUCUCAAAGUCAGUGGGGGGCAAACAAUUGCUGUUGUGGGAGUUUCAGGGUCAGGAAAGAGCACUAUAAUAUCUUUGAUGGAGAGAUAUUAUGAUCCAGUUGCUGGCCAAGUUUUAUUGGAUGGGAGGGAUUUAAAAUUAUAUAACCUGAAAUGGCUUAGGAGCCACCUUGGUUUGGUACAGCAGGAACCAGUUAUCUUCUCAACAACCAUACGGGAAAACAUCAUAUACGCCCGACAUAAUGCCAGUGAAGCUGAAAUAAAAGAGGCCGCAAGAAUAGCAAAUGCUCAUCAUUUCAUCAGUAGUCUACCUCAUGGUUAUGACACUCAUGUUGGAAUGAGAGGUGUUGACUUAACUCCAGGACAGAAACAGAGAAUUGCAAUUGCUAGGGUAGUGUUGAAAAAUGCGCCUAUCUUGUUGUUGGAUGAAGCUAGCUCAUCAAUUGAAUCAGAGUCUAGCCGAGUAGUGCAAGAGGCUUUAGACACUCUAAUAAUGGGAAACAAGACCACUAUUUUAAUAGCUCACAGGGCUGCCAUGAUGAGGCAUGUGGACAAUAUAGUUGUACUGAAUGGAGGACGGAUAGUGGAAGAGGGGACUCAUGAUUCAUUGAUGGCUAAGAAUGGUCUGUAUGUCCGAUUAAUGCAACCUCAUUUUGGUAAGGGUUUGCGUCAGCAUCGGCUUCUUUAGAGUUGGAAUAUAUGAUGUGAGUAAUUGCAACUACUAUUGGUUCAUGAGAAUUGUUGCAUGCCCUGCUUGAGUUGAAUCACUGAUGAUUGCUGCACUUGCUGAAAAAUUUAAAUGUCCGGUGGAGUUUCGUGUAUGGCAAGAAUGGGAAUGAUGAAGCUUGGGCUAGCACUUCACAUUGAUAGGCAUAGAAAGAGGAUACUGUAGCAGGAACAGUGUAGAUUUAGUGAUUGGUUUGAGGAUUUGGGUUGUGGAUGCUGAAUUCUUUUGGAGACAAGCAGUUUAGACUUUAGACUAACACCAUGGUCCCCAUGCUAUAUUAUUGAUUUAUUGUCCAAUGACACGAAGACGGUACCGAUACAAGUUCUACUGUUGUGACUUUUACUGGAUUCCCUUUUCACUCAAAGUCUCAAGUGUGGAUAAUGAAAUCAUGAACCUAUUCAUUAAUGUAUUUUUUUUUUUUUGUAUUUGUGAAAAUUGUUGAAAAUACAGUUAAAGAGUUGUAACCUCUGUACAUAAUUAGCUUUAGUUUAUAGGCAUUCCAUCCAAAGCUGAAGUUACAAGAGUCGCAAGUUUUUUUGUUGUUGUUGUUGGUGGAGAUCAGCUUCUUUUGUAAUGGAUGCAAAUUUCCACGUGUAUUUUGCCGUAAACAAACACUUAUAUUGUUUUUUUAAAUUUCAAUUUUGUUUUCAACU